CACACAUGAACGAUCAUGUGAUAUCGUGAGUUACUUGUAACCUUGUGAUCAUGUUUGUUCUGCUUUCAGUUUGAAGUUUAAAGUUAUUUAAAUUCAUUAUACAUUGGAGUUUUCUUCAAAACAGAAUGGAAAAGUUGCUGUGGACGACGUUGCUGGCCGCCGUGUUGAUGUUUACGGUGACGGGCCCAGUAGCCGCGGACACGCCCGCCAACUGUACCUUCGAGGACAUUAGGGGAACCUGGGGAUUCUCUCUUACAAACAUAUCUGGCGACAACUCGAUCAACUGUACGGUUGAGACGAAAUACACCCGCACACUGAAGGUCACACUGGACUUCCCAAACUUCGCCAUCGACGAGUUCGGAAAUACAGGUACAUGGACGCUGAUAUACAACCAGGGGUUCGAGGUGACGUUGGGCGGCCGGAAGUAUUUCGCCUUCUCUUUCUACGAGACCCGUGGCAAGGAAAUCUUGAGUGAAUGCUGCAAUACGUUCCCCGGUUGGGUUCACAGCAUUGAUGAGCGGAACUGGGACUGUAUGCGAGGGAUGAAACUUAACUGUGACACCGCCGUGAAGAUACAGCACGUGUCGGAGAAGGUUGACGCUUACCGGAAGAGGUUCGGACUGAAUGAAGACCUCGUGAAAGCUGUCAAUUCAAAUCAGAGCGCGUGGAGGGCCACCUCACGGACGGUUUUUGCAGGUAUGGACCGGGCGGACGUUCAGAGGAUGGCCGGUGGCCGCCUUUCUGCCAGGGCCUACCCUCGCCCAGCGCCCGUCAGUGAUCAAUAUGUCAAAGCUGCUCGUGCCCUACCAAAACAAUUUGAUUGGCGGAACAAGGAAGGUGUAAAUUAUGUGUCUCCAAUCAGAAACCAGGGAAAUUGCGGGAGUUGCUACGCGUUUGGAUCAAUGGCGUUGUACGAGGCAAGGGAGAGAAUCUACACAAACAACUCCGUCCAGAAGGUGUACUCUACACAGGAUGUCGUCAGCUGCUCCGAAUACUCGCAGGGUUGUGACGGUGGAUUCCCGUAUUUGAUAGCAGGAAAGUACGGUCAAGACUUUGGUCUGGUUGAAGAGUCUUGUUUCCCAUACGAGGGGAAGGACAUGCCAUGCCAAGAAACCACGUGCCCACGAACGUUCACACGUGACUACUACUACGUGGGCGGUUACUAUGGCGCCUGUAACGAGCCCCAAAUGAGAGCGGAACUUGUUAACCGCGGGCCAAUCGCCGUCAGCUUCAUGGUGUACAACGACUUCCUCCACUAUAAGGAAGGUGUAUACCAUCACGUGAGUGAGCUUGACGGAAAGUUUAACCCCUGGGAAAUCACGAACCACGUGGUACUCGUGGUGGGCUACGGAGAAGAAGGGGGAGUGCCCUACUGGAUUGUAAAGAACUCGUGGGGCCCCGAGUGGGGUGAGGAGGGCUUCUUUCGGAUCCGGCGGGGAAAUGACGAGUGCAGCAUUGAGAGUAUGGCGGUCGGGAUCCAUCCUACUGUCUGAAUGAUUAAAAUGGAAGUUUAAAAGGGAAGGAUUGUACCGUAACUGUUCAAGUGGUUGUAUUUAUACCAAACAAGUGGUUGUAUAAACUGUACAUACGCCUCUGGGCUGAACCUGUCCUGUUGCAAGGCGUCUCAUAUAUUCUUUAACGUGCAAUAAUUUAAAUGAAUAUAUUAGUGAUAAAUACAUGGAAUCUUCA